AUGUUUCUGAGUUUUUGCCUCCUGGUGACAUUUAUCUUGGGGCUGUCCGGGUGCUUGGGCUCAUACGUUCCGUGCGAGCCUUGUGACCAGAAGGCGCUGUCCAUGUGUCCUCCGGUGCCGGUCGGCUGCCAGCUGGUCAAGGAGCCGGGCUGCGGCUGCUGCCUAACGUGCGCACUGUCUGAGGGACAGGCGUGCGGCGUUUACACCGGGACGUGCGCCCAGGGCCUCCGCUGCCUGCCGAGGAGCGGGGAGGAGAAACCCCUGCACGCCCUUCUCCACGGCAGGGGACUGUGCACCAACGAGAAAGGAUACAAACCUGCCCACCCGCCCAUAGAUCGCGAGUCUCGAGAACACGAGGACACCAGAACCACACAGAGUACCGGCGGGGUUAGACCACCACCACUCUAUCCCAAAGAGAUUGUGAACAGCAAAAAAGUCCUUGCAGUGCGCAAGGAGCAGAAGAGGAAGCAAGGCAAGCAGCGCAUCAUUGGCUCAACCAUUGAUUACUCUCCUCUGCCCAUUGACAAGCAUGAGCCUGAAUUUGGUCCAUGCCGGAGAAAACUGGACGGGAUCAUUCAGGGAAUGAAGGAUACUUCUCGUGUAAUGGCGCUGUCUUUGUACCUUCCCAACUGUGACAGAAAAGGAUUCUUCAAACGCAAACAGUGCAAGCCAUCUCGUGGCCGCAAACGAGGCAUCUGCUGGUGUGUUGACAAGUACGGUGUUCAGCUCCCCGGCACAGACUACAGCGGAGGUGAUAUUCAGUGUAAAGACCUGGAGAGCAGCAGCAAUAACAAUGAGUGAAACUGGGAGGGCCAUUUUGACCUCCCCCAUCCCCCAACCCUUAACCACCACGUGACCCAGGGCCCACGCCUCCUCUCUGAAUCACACCUGUAUGCUCCGCCCUACGUUCACUUCAAGAUUUGUUUUUUCAACUUAAAAAAAGAAGAAAAAAAAAUCCAAUCGUAAAACAACAGGCUGAAAAAAGACACCUGUAUUUUUUUCCCUUUCUUUUCAGUUGACCAAGCACUCUUCUCUAAAUGAGGGUGAAAGUCCCAGAAGAUUUACUAGAUCCUUUGACUAUUAUGAUCCCGGGACCGCCCUUCUAUGAGCCUGCUCCCUUGGCUGCAGAUCCAUGAAAAUAUAUGCAACUAAUGGAUAUAUUUUUAUAGAAGCUGUGGGUUUGUGUGAGGUGAAAUUAAAACAAUUUUAAAGAAGAAAAAGAGAGAAACAGCAUCAGGCUUAUUGAUUGAAAACAGAUCAGUUUCAGGCCAUGGAACAUGAUGCCACUGUGGAGCUGACGAUUGGCCAGAGUAAUUUGUUUUUAUCUGUUCUCCAAAAGAAAAAAACAAAGAAGAGAUAGGGAUAUGCUGUAACAGUUGACUCUAUCUGGGUUCUGUCAGAGCACUUAUGAAUAGGGGAACCUGCUUGGAUAUGUGUAAAAAAAAAAAAUCACAAAAUGAUGCGUGCAUGGACGCGUGCAUGUGUACAGUUUGAAUGUGUGGUAUGUAUGUUGGUAUAUGACGGAGUGAGCCUAUUACAAAAAAGAAUGUCCUUUUUUUUUUCCUUUUUCUUUUUGUUUUUUUCUGAUUUUGUCACAAGUAUUGCUAGAGCUUGAAGUGGUAUCGGGACUGGCCUUCUCUUAAUGUAAAAGCGUAUCUUGGAAAAACAAAAAAAAACCCCAAAAAAAGCAAGUAGACCAUCACAGAUGAAUCUAUGUAUGUGGCUCUUUGACAAUGUAGCUAGCCUGAUAUGCCAACUGUGCCUAUUUGAACAGACAUUGCCAUGCAGGGCGACACAGAGCUUAGAGAGCACCGCUGGCUCUACUGGUGAACUAAACGUUUUCAGCUUAAGUCUGACUCAAGUCUGACUCAGAUCAUGAGUGCAUGCAAUCCAGCUUCCCAGUCGGGCCGGCCGCUUCUCUGAUCCAUUUGUGUGAAGUGUAGUUUUGUAUGGUUUUGUUUGUGCUGUUUUCUUUGCCUUCAGUGAAGUAAAGACCACCCACUUUUGAGCCAUGUUUCUUUAUCAAGUGGUUCCCCCUCAGUACUGCUACUACAGUGUAACCAUGGCGUAUUACAUUACUUUUAAAUAUAGUUACUGAAUGUUUGUUUUUCCUGUAGAAACAAAGUAUGAGAACAACGUAAUUGUGCUUGGGGGGAAAAAUAGCCUGUAAAGGAUUCUUGUAGGUCAACUACAGGGAAGUCAAAAAAGCUAACAAUCUGAAAUCCUUCUGCUUACAUGCCUCCACACGGAGGUUAUCUACCUUUAUCUAAGUGGGGCAUGAUCCAAACAAAAAGGUUACAGGUUAUAACAGGGUCUUUAAUAGAGUCGCUCUCUCUGUGUGCAAGUCACAGUGCCUUCCUAUAUGCAAAGACAUUUAAAUACUGACGUGAAAGUGACAUGGAUAUCAUGCGGGGCAAUUUUCAGAUACUUGAUACGACAAUAGAGGUUCUGAUUAAGAGAAGAACAGUGAAUGUGGUAGGUCCUUUGAAAUGGUGUCGAUAAUAUGUUGCAAAUCCAUUUGUAAUCUCCGCCUGGGGGUAGUUCUGGACAAAAAUGAUGUGUGAGGAACUGCAGUCCGUUAAACCUCCUUCUUCUCUUUGACAACCAAUAAGCUAAGAUUCAUGCUUCUUCAUGUGAAUGCCAAUGUAUAUGAUUGCCAGAGAGGGGAAGCCAAAGGAUGUUUGGAGGUAAAUCGUGUUUUAGGGCUUUUUUUAAUGCUUCUGCAGAUGUGUGCAUCCUAAAUGGCUUCCAGUUGGGAAUACAUUGUCAAGGCUCCUUGCCCCACUUCCAACACCAAAUCCCCCGCUACCACUUUCGAAAAUAAGCAGCUUGCACUUAUUUCAGUUACUCACUAUUGAUAUUGACACGCGGCAACAUCCUGAGAUGUGGUAUCAUGAAGUUAGUUUAACAGCAAGAACAACAAAAAGUAAAAAAAAGCUAAAUGUUGUGUUAUCUUGUGCUUACCUUUCAGAGGUGGUGCUUUGAGGUAAUAUUUGUUGACAGGGGCUGUGAAGCCCAUGCCUGGGACCUCCAAUACAGCAGCAUCUUUUAGGGAAAAGUAGAUUGAAAGUAACACAGCUAGAGAUGUUUUCAUGGCCUAUUGCACAGAGAUGACAGCUGAGAUAGAGACAGAGGAGACAGGGGAAGAGGGAGAGCGAGCGCCAUGGGCAGUGGUCAUGAUCAGGGCCUAGCCACUUCCCCGAUGUGGGGUCACCAAUUGCAUGACGUUAGAUACAGUUAGCAGGACAAUAACUGGGAGUCGUUGAAAUCCGAGGAAUGAAAUACUGCAAUCAGUUUAAAUAUCUGAAAUUGGAACCUGGCAAAUAUCAGCGUUCCAGUUAUCUCUUUCAUUUCAAUUGCAGGUUGGAAUUCAAGAUUCCUGUUUGCGAGUAGCAGCUUCCUCAGGUUUCAUAUCUCCUACUUGGUUUGAAUUUCUAUUCACAUACUUCAGUAGUACAGUAACUACAGUACAGCUUUUAUUUCUGAAUACAUAACACUUUUUGGAUGUAAUGCGACGAUACAAUUGGUUUUCGUAAUUUGGUGUUCACUGGCUUGUGAAAUCGACCCAUCGGUGGCAGGAGGAUAGCAGGAAAUAAAAUGGUCAGUAUUUGGAGCUACAUAAGACAAAUAAGAAAAAAAAAGACAAAAAAGCUCAAAUUAUUAAAGUGAAUAUCACUGUGUAAUAUUUAUUCAACUUGUAAUUUAUGUACUCUUUUAACCUUUGUCUGUUUUUGUUAUGACAAAGCAUUUAUUUAAAUAAAGUUAUGUAUUCAUUUAA